AUGAGUCCUCCAAGUCCUUCGUCGUUGAGGAUUGUGUUUUCAUCGGAUCUGCAUGGAAAUUUAUUUCAAUAUCAAAAACUUGUGGAUUAUGCCAAUCAUGAGGAUCAUCAUAUUAACUGUAUGAUCAUUGGAGGAGAUUUAUAUUUGAAAAACAAAAAACAUUCAAAUCUUGAUGAAUAUUCUCACCUUGAUUGCAAUAAGGGAAUUGAGAAACAUCGAGAUUAUUUUGCGAAUCAUUUGCUUCCGAUCUUAAAACAGUUUAAAAAAGGAAAUGUAUACAUUUGUUUUGGAAACGCAGAUUUGUAUUCGGAUGUUGCAUUUAUGAAAGAGAAAACUCAACACAUUCCGAAUAUUAAAGUAUUGUACAACGAAGUCAUUCAAUUAGAUGAAACAGAUUUGGAAUUAUUUGCAUAUUCAUCCAUUGUUUUCAUGAAAGGACACAAGAAAGAUUUCGAGAGAUUUGAUACAAGCAAUAUUAGUGACACAUUGGCACAAAAUUUGGACUGGUAUCACAUUCGAUUGAAAGGAUACACUACUUUCAAUGAGAGUGAAUUUCUUGAUGUCAUUCUCAAUGGAGAAUAUCCUGAAUGCUCAUGUGUUGAAGAGAAUCCUAGUGAAGAUUCUCAUUUCAAGGGAGUUCCCGGAUUUCAUCAUUUGAAAUUCGAUCCAAACGACCCAAAGCUUGUUAAGGCAUUUUCUAUUGAACGAGAAUUGGAACGGAUUGCAGAAAAAUACAAUUUUACAAAAGAAAAAUGUAGAAAACAACUGUGGGUUUGUCACAUGCCCCCUUAUGACACAUGUUGUGAUAAUGUGAAUGGGAUUCAUUGUGGGUCGAGGGCUUUAAGGAGGGCGAUUGAACAAUACCAGCCACUCAUGACCAUGCAUGGACACAUUCACUGCUCCGUUGACUCUUCUCAAGGUCAGUAUUGCUCAAAAAUUGGAGACACCUUCUGUUACACGAGUGGAAAUUAUCCAAAAAUAACAUCCUUACCACCACCUUUCACAGAUGAAUUGGAGAGAUUUGUAUGUGUUCAUGAGUUUGUAGAAAAGUUCAAAGGACAACAAAACUCUUUCCAAUCUGCUCAACCAAGUGGUAGUAGCCAAGAGUCUGUAUUAUCAUCUGACAAUUCGAUCAACAUGGCUCAGGAAUAUUAUCCUCUUUAUAUGCCCAAGUUUAACACAUUUUUCAAACACAAGAAUGAAAAUUUACAUAUUGAAAAAGGAGACGAAGGAUUUGAAUACUUUUCGGAUCAAGAUCAAGAUUUAUUGUUCAGAGUUCAUGGAUCGGAAGGGAAUGAAAGUGAUCAGGACUUGAACAUUAAACAAAAACAACAACUUGUUGCUGAAAGAAACGUUGCGAGAAGUAAGGCCAUGAUCUCUUCUUUUCAUUUACGGAUACAGGAAGAUGUCAAACCAUUCGUUCAGUCCUUAAUCAGCGCUGGUGGACCUCUAAAAAAGUUUCUGAAUGAAAAGACAUUUCACACUAGUGUGUAUGAAGCAACUUUUGGACACAUUCAAACAGAGGAAGAAGCAAUGGAUUUCUAUCGACAAUUAUGUGGAGAAGAUGAGCAGAUUACAGUGACGAUGGAUAUGGCACUCUAUGAGUUGAAAAGAGUCCUCGCACUGAAGGCUAAAAAACCUAACAAGCAUUCACGAAUGACAUCCAGACUUAAUAUUCCUUUUAAUGUGGAAUUCAAAAAAGCAUAUUUAAUGUUUUUAAAGAUGUUGGAUUAUGAAAUUGUUUCCACUGCUACGGGUAACAACUCUCGCAUUCAUGAACAACGAGAUCCAAGCGAAAUUCCCACGAGAGUAAGACAAACCAGUUAUCCCAAUGGUCUGAUAUUGUCACUACUCUCAACCUCACAUCAAUUUUUGGAACAUUCACUCUCUUGGGAGUGUAUUGGUCAUUUAGCAAAGUUUUAUUUUAUACCAUGGUUGGAUUAUGAAAAUACACAAACUCCUUACACUUCACGAAUUGACCCUCACAACUUGAUAUUUCCUUGGGUUUUAUUUAAUGCAAGAAUUCAACAAGAUCAUGCAACAUUUAUUCCGCGUGCCUUACUUGACAAAAUUAUUCAAAGUCACCUCCACAUGUAUAACUCGUGUGGAUAUGAUAAUAACAUACUCAAUCGCAUUCUUGGAAUUUCUGCCAUGAACGAAACCAGCACUAUGGAUCAGGUGUACACGAAUUUCAGUGCAUUGUUAACAAAAUCCUUUUCACAACGAGAAAUUCAAUUCUAUGAAAAGGAAAAACGAAAAUUACUUCCUGAAAAGCCCGAUACAGACGUGGAGGAUUUAAUGGAUUUACUCAACUCCUACAAAACGAAACUGGAAAAUCGAGCUCGGUUGUCCCAAUUUACUUCCCUCAUGAGAAACAUGAAUCUUGAGGGGAAUGAGAUGUGA